AUGUGGGGAGUAUUCAGGAGACAGACAACUCACUCGUCAAAUCCUCCCCUUCCCGGCCAACAAAGCUGCUGCAACCACAGGGGCUUCGUCUGUUGAGGCGCCAUGUCAGAACAGGCGGGCAGUGUCCGUCCAAACCCAUGCGGCAGCAAGGCCUGCUGCCGCCUCUUCGGCCCAGUGGACAGCGAGCAGCUGAGCCGCGACUGUGAUGCGCUAAUGGCGGGCUGUAUCCAGGAGGCCCGUGAGCGAUGGAACUUCGACUUUGUCACCGAGACACCACUGGAGGGUGACUUCGCCUGGGAGCGUGUGCGGGGCCUUGGCCUGCCCAAGCUCUACCUUCCCACAGGGCCCCGGCGGGGCCGGGAUGAGUUGGGAGGAGGCAGGCGGCCUGGCACCUCGCCUGCUCUGCCGCAGGGCAUGGCAGAGGAAGACCAUGUGGACCUGUCGCUAUCUUGUACCCUUGUGCCUCGCUCAGGGGAGCAGCCUGAAGAGUCCCCAGGUGGACCUGGAGACUCUCAGGGUCGAAAACGGCGGCAGACCAGUAUGACAGAUUUCUACCACUCCAAACGCCGGCUGAUCUUCUCCAAGAGGAAGCCCUAAUCAGCCCACAGGAGGCCUGCAGUCCUGGAAGCGCGAGGACCUCAAAGGCCCUCUCUACAUCUUCUGCCUUAGUCUUUAAGUUUGUGUGUCUUAAUUAUUAUUUGUGUUUUAAUUUAAACACCUCCUCAUGUACAUACCCUGGCUGCCCCCUGCCCCCCAGCCUCUGGCCUUAGAAUUAUUUAAACAAAAACUAAGCAGUUGAAUGAGAGGUUCCUAAGAGUGCUGGGCAUUUUUAUUUUAUGAAAUACUAUUUAAAGCCUCCUCAUCCCAUGUUCUCUGUUUCCUGUCUCCUGGAGGUCGGGUGGGCCGGCUUCAUGCCAGCUACUUCCUCCUCCCCACUCGUCCGCUGGGUGGUACCCUCUGGAGGGGUGUGGCUCCCUCCUCUCGUCACAGGGGGUUAUGAAAUUCACCCCCUUUCCUGGACACUCAGAACUGAAUUCUUUUUAAUUUGAGAAGUAAACAGAUGGCACUUUGAAGGGGCCUCACUGAGUGGGGGCAUCAUCAAAAACUUUGGAGUCCCCUCACCUCCUCUAAGGUUGGGCAGGGUGACCCUCAAGUGAGCACAGCCUAGGGCUGAGCUGGGGACUUGGUACCCUCCUGGCUCUUGAUACCCCCCUCUGUCUUUUGAAGGCAAGGGGAAGGUGGGGUCCUGGAGCAGACCACCUCGCCUGCCCUCAUGGCCCCUCUGACCUGCACUUGGGAGCCCGUCUCAGUGUUGGACCUUUUCCCUCUUUGGCUCCCCCUGUAACUUUUGAGGAGCCCCAGCUACCCUUCUUCUCCAGCUGGACUCUGCAGUUCCCCUCUGCUGCUCUCCCUCCCUCUUGUCCUUUUCCUCCAGUACCCUCUCAGCUCCAGGUGGUUCUGAGGUGCCCGUCCCACUCCCAUCCCCAGCUCAAUGGACUGGAAGGGGAAGGGACACACAAGAAGGGCGCCCUAGUUCUACCUCAGGCAGCUCAAGCAGCGACUCCCCCUCCUCUUUUAGCUCUGGGAUGAGGGUCCUGUGUGGUGGCACAGGCCCCCUUGAGUGGGGUUAUCUCUGUGUUAGGGGUGUAUGCCAUCAUACACCCCAUGGGAGUAGAUCGUUCUAGGAGGGAGACACUGGCCCCUCAAAUCAUCCAGCGACCUUCCUCAUCCACCCCAUCCCUCCCCAGUUCAUUGCACUUUGAUUAGCAGCUGAACAAGGAGUCAGACAUUUUAAGAUGGUGGCAGUAGAGGCUGUAGACAGGGCAUGUCACGUGGGCUCCUAUGGGGCUGGGAGUGGUUGUCUUUCCUGGCACUAACGUUGAGUCCCUGGAGGCACUGAAGUGCUUAGUGCACUUGGGGUGUUGGGGUCUGACCCCAAACACCUUCCAGCUCCUGUAACAUACUGGCCUGGACUGUUUUCUCUCAAUUCCCCAUGUGUCCUGGUUCCCCUGUCUCUCCACCUAGACUGUAAACCUCUCAAGGGCAGGGACCACACCCUGUACUGUUCUGUGUCUUUCACAGCUCCCCACAGUGCUGAAUAUACAGCAGGUGCUCAAUAAAUGAUUCUUAGUGACUUUACUUGUAA